AUGCCGUCCCAACUGAAAACCCUGAUCGGUACGAUCAAGAGGAAGCCCACUAAGGCAUCCGAUGGAAGGUCCAACGAUAUGGCUGCGGCGUCGGUGGGAGCCAUGAACAACGAGAAAACGGGCAUCAUCCACGACUUGACGCAUCUCAACUUCAAAGAGAGACACACCGUCGCUCAUGCCCUCACGACCUUGGCGUCUGGAGAGCCGAUGAAUGACAAGGACAAGCUGCUCGAAGAGGGUGUUUCCAUGCUUCAGGGACUCCCACCCAACAGCGGCCUCAGCGAAAAGAUAUCUGAUGGCUUCAUCUCCAUGCUCUGGUCGGACUUACCUCACCCAGCUCCCACUAUGGCCGGGCCAAGCGCCAGGUACCGCCGCCACGACGGUGGCGGGAAUAACCCCUGGCAUCCUGAGAUGGGCAAAGCCGGCGCUCCAUACGCGAGGAAUGUCCCGCCCAUGAAACCCAAGGGUCCCAACUUGCCGGAUGUCGAGUCCGUCUACGACGCUCUGUUGAAGCGUCGGGGCCCCUUCCGCGAGCAUCCGUCUGGCUUGAACCGGCUGUUCUUCUCGUUCGCGACUGUCGUCAUCCACGAGUGCUUUCAGACGUCCAGGACGGAUCCCUUCAUCAAUGAAACAUCGAGCUAUGUCGAUCUCAGCACCCUGUACGGCAACACCGAGAAAGAGCAGAAGCGUGUGCGUACGUAUCAGAAUGGCACCAUCUACCCUGACUCGAUUGCUUCGGAGAGGAUCAUGAUGAUGCCACCGGGUGUGGUCGCUGUCUUGCUCAUGUUUUCGCGGAACCACAACAGCAUUGCCGAGAGCUUGUUCUCAAUCAAUGAGGACGGCAAGUAUGAGCCAUGGGACAGGUUGGACGACGAAAAGAAGAAAUGGGAAGUAGUGCAAGAUGAGGACAUCUUCCAAAUCACUCGCAACAUCAACGUCGGCUUCUUCGCCUCAGUGGUGCUAAAGGACUAUGUAGCCUCCAUCCUCAACACCCCGCGUGCCAACUCGGAAUGGUCUCUAAACCUAGGCAAAGAGAUCAAGCAGUCUGGCCAGCGAGUUGAGCGUGGCAGCGGAAAUGUCGUCUCGGUCGAGUUUGCCGUCCUCUACCACUGGCACGCCGCCCUGAGUGCUGCCGACGACAAGUGGAUGGAAGAAAUAAUCCGACAGCAGCACCCUGAAUUGAAGUCUCUAGAGGAUGUGACUCCUAACAUGUUCGAAAAGGUCAUGAUGGUGUAUGGCCACAAGCUGAAGGCUACCCCGGCCAAAGAUUGGACGUUUGGGGGGUUUGAGAGACAGGCUAACGGGAGAUUCAAGGAUACUGAUCUUGCCGAGCUUAUCAAGAAUGCAAUUGAGGAGCCUGCACAUGAGUUUGGUGCCCAUGGUACGCCGCUUAGUCUGAAGGUGGUGGAUAUCAUGGGUCAGCUGCAGGCUAGGAACGUGUUCAAUGUGUGCACGUUGAACGAGUUCCGUCGAUAUCUGAACCUGAAGCCAUACAGAAACUUCGAGGAAUGGAAUGAAGACAAGGAGACGGCGCGGGCGGCGGAGCUCCUCUACGGGCACAUUGAAAAUCUGGAGCUAUACCCGGGCCUGAUGGCUGAGUGCACUAAGCCCGCCAUCCCGGGAAGCGGAGUCUGCCCUGGCCAAACAACCGGAAGAGGCAUCCUAGAUGACGCCGUCGCACUAGUCCGGGGCGAUCGAUUCCUAAGCUACGACUUCAAUAGCAACACCCUCACGCACUGGGGCGCGGCAUUCCUCCAAGAACCCGCAGCCGGGUCGUACGGCGGUGUGCUACCCAAACUUCUAUUCAACGGCCUGCCCGCUGCAUUUACCGGCACAUCUACCUACGCCCUCUUCCCCUUCUACACACCCGAAGCGGUGAAAGGCAUCCUCAAAGGCAAUGGCAUUCUUCCAAAGUACGACCUACAGCGCCCGGCCAGCGGCAUGGAAAUCAUCAGCAUCCAGACGCAAGAUGGCUGCAAGAAGGUCUUUUCCGACCGCGACAACUUCCGCGUCAUGUACCAGGCCGCGAUUCGCAACUGCACCGCUGGCCACGAUUUCAUGAUUGGCUGGGACGACGCUAAGAGGCAUGAUGAACGGUCGAAUAUUCUGCAUAAGGUGUUUUUCGAGGACGGGUUCGAGAAGAAUGUGACUGAUUUCUUCCGCUCAAACGUGAAGAAGCUCAUUGAGAAAAACUCGCUUUCUUUCUCCCAGAGUAGGAAGUCCAUUGAUAUCGUCCGUGACGUGACCAACAUCACUCCUAUCCUGUGGCUAGCGGACCGCUUCGCCAUCCCGCUCAAAACACCAGAGACCCCCAAGGGAUUAGUGUCCAUCUUUGAGACGUUUACUGCCUAUCUGGUUAUGUUCAUGUACCAAAGCUUCAACAUAUCCCCCAAGUCCGAAUGGAAGCUUCGCGAGUCCGCCAUGAAAGCGGCCGAUGCCCUCCGCCCCGUCUUUGAAGCCCACCUCAAGACGCAGCGGGGCAUCAAGGAGAGCGUCGUCGACUGGUUGGCCAAGGGGAGCUCAUUCGAGGUCGGCCCGCAUGCGGAUCGUAUAUACCACGCCCUCAACGACACCAAGCUGCCUAUUGGUGACUUGGUGGGGGAUUGUAUCGGGAUGGGUGCCCCUGUGGCGGGGAACUUGACGCAGCAGGCUUCCCUGCUGAUUGAUUUGUUCCUUAGUCCUGGGUAUGAGGUGUAUAAGGAUCGGAUUGUCGAGUUGGCGCAAAUGGAUGAAGCCACCUCGGAGCGUGAACUACAAGGUUUUGUGUAUGAGGGUAUGCGGCAUGCUGGCGUUGUACCUGGAUUGCCCCGCGUCGCUUCCAAAGACGUGACGGUCGUCGAUGGUGUGAGGGGACCGGUGCACAUCAAAGCCGGACGCACGGUUCUGAUCGCUACUUCGAAGGCAGCUAUGGAUCCCGUCGCGUUCUCCGAGCCAGAGAAGUUGGACCCUCAUCGUCCGAUUAAAGACUACACUCUUCUGGGCCAUGGGUUGCAUUUCUGUUUUGGAGCGAGACUGGUAGGGUGUUCGCUUGCUGCUACAUUGAGGGAGGUGUUUAAGUUGAAGAACUUGCGUAGGGCGAAGGGGAAGCUGGGUAGGUUCACAGUUGUGGAGCAUGAUCUUGCGGGGAUUAAGAUGAGGCAUUAUUUGGAUUCCGGUUCGAAGGAAUCACCUAUUCCUACUUCGCUUACGCUGGAGUAUGAUGCUUAGAUUUUGGGGGGAGGAGACGGUUUCCGGAUUGUGUUUUGCUGUUCAUAAGUGG